GUGAGAGCGCGGCCCGGUUGCGACCGGUCGGCCCCACCUGGUGCGCGGGCGCACACGCCGCUCUGCGCCGCCGACGUCGCGACGCUCGCUCGCGCUGCGCCCGUGUGCGCUUCCCCCGAUACCAACUCGUAGCAAUCCUAAGGAUUUUAUACCGAAUAUCGCGAAACUCACGCACUACUGAAGUUACGAUGUUUUGAACGUUGUUAUGUGCCGUGGGACGGUUUCAGUACAGUGAAUGUUUACUAGCUGAAUUAAGUGUCUUAAAGAAAAUUUUGUAUUCGUGCAUAUUGGAGGAAAAUUUGUAAGGGUUCGUUUCUGAAAGUGGUGAUUAAAAUUGCGCGGGCGCGUCUCGCGGGAUGGCGACGGACGCGGCUGCGGAGGACUUCGUCACCAUAGUUCCGGUUGGCGAAGGCCGACCAUCUACUCGAGAUCCUUCUUUCGUCACUGUCCUCACCGUAAGCGCAGCGGCUGGUGCCGCAGAGGUGACCGUGCGCAGACCCCGAGGUGAACGCCUUGGCCUGGGGCUCAAAUUUGAAGGAGGAUCUGCGGCUGCUGAGAAAGUUCGGAGACUUCUGGUACAAUCAUGUGCAGAAGAUAGUCCCGCAGCAAACGCAACUGCGCCUUGGGGAAAACUCAUACCUGGAGAUGAAAUUUUAGCAAUAGACGGAGAAUCAGUGUCUAACUUAACGAGAAUAGAUUGUGUUCGGAGGCUCAAAGAUUCAGAUGAAACAUUAACUUUACUUGUGCGACAUUUUGAACAAGAUAACAAAACGGAAAGAAACGGCAUGGAUGUGAUUGAAUCUCUUAUUAAAUCUGCACACGCUUCUGAAAUAGUGCGACCUACAACAUUACCACCACCGGUUCCGCCUAGAAAACUAGGAAAGAAAAACUCAUUUAAAGACAAACAGCUCCUACAAACUGUUGGCGAGCAAAACUUAUCCAAUAACGAAAAUCAGGCAGAAUCUCAAAUGAAUGGGAAAAAUAACGGCAUUUCUACAAUAACAAAGUUGUCGAGAAAAUCUUCAUUUGACAGUCACAUUCUACGGCAAAGUAAAGAAGGAAUAACUUACUUGAAAAAAGGCUCUCCAGAAGAAGUAAGACGCUUAGUGCGACGUUUGUCAGAUGGAAAAGCUAUGCCACCUGAAGCUGAAGUGUACAUAGACUUAUUGUCUACAGAGUGGGAACGCUGUCUUGUCUUAGCUGACGCAGAGUCCGACGACACGAGCAGCUCGAUAUCUACAGUUGUGGAUAGAUUAGGAUCCAUGGCAAGUUCCGUAGAAAACAGUAUUCCUUCAACCCCAAUUAUGCAACCUAAAACUAUAGAUAUACAGAAAGUAUUAAAUUGUAUUGAAAAUAUUGACACAAAUAUUCUAAAAGAUAUGACAAGCAAAAGAUUUUUAGAAAAACGUUUUGAAGUUAAUAACGAAUCAAAGUUAACAGAGAAAAACUUUAUCACAAACGGUUUUAACAAUCAGGAGAACGCAACACAAAAACUACUACACAAUGACAAGAAUAAUAACAACACGAUUGUUUCAAACAUAACAAACAACGUGGCAGGAAAUCAAACAUCUCAAACUAAGAAAGUUGAAAGUAAAUCAGAAAAUGCUGCCGAGAAGCCUAAGCCUAUGCCGAGAAACACAAAAAUUGAACGUUCUGUGAGUGAGAAGAAGCCAAGACCUAUUCCCGUACCAGACAUUCCCCCACCGCCUAUCCCAGAGUCCUUAUUGACACCUACUAAGAAGAACUGCAUAGAAACGUGGUUACAGCGUUCGGAAGCCGAGAUGAACAGUAAGACAGUUGAAAAAGUGGAGGAAGUUCCGACGCCAGAGGUGUUACCGCGAUUGAUAGACUUCGUGCCUAAACAUCAAUACAAAGAAAAUAGCAGUGACUCCCCCUUAACGCGACCAACGUCCGCCCCGCCGCCCCCACCGACGGAGACUCGAGAAGACGGCUCCGGAGCAUCCCUCGACACUAUCGGCGAACUGGAUGAAUCUACUGAUGUCACCGAUAACGUAAAACCAGUUGAUGUCAUCAAGAAAAAAGAGCGAAAAUCAUCUUUUGAAAGGAGUUUCUGGGAAGAUCGUGUCAACAAAAGCGACGCUGAAGACAAAAGUUUAUCUAAUGACGAGACACCUCUACCAUCAUGCCCACGACAACCCCCAGACGGAGUAGAGACUCCGUGCGAUGCCGUAGAGAAGGCCCCGGAGCCGAGCACUCGCCUGCCGCUGCGGAUGCCGGCGGGCUGGCCUGGCACGCGACCUCGGUUCUCUUACACAUCCAGAACACAAGAUGCCCGCAGUGAGGCUAGCGUCAAAGACAAGAUUGCCAUGUUCUCCAAUGACCGAGCGACAUCUACUGAUCGCUUGGAUAAAUGUGGCACUUUGCCAACAAGAAACCCUUCAGUGGUCAGAAAAAGUACUGCCUCAUAUGCUAACAGUUACACUGAUGUAUCUUCUUUAGACAGACGUUUGACGAAGUCUCAAGACAAUCUCGAUGAAUUACCACGUUCUUACAAAAGGCAUACGGAAAGACCGGAGGUUCUGGGAGGUAUGGAACGUUCCUCAACAGCGUCUACAUACAGUUCAGCUAAAAGUAGCAAUACGUCUCUGUACACAGAAAACAAACCCUUAUUUUAUGGAAGCACCACAACGUUACCUUCGAGCAUAGAUCCUACAUUUGCGAAAACGGUGUACCAUGCGCGUAGUGUCAGCGAUGAUAAUGGCAACAAAAACAUAACGAAACAAAAAUCAAAUUUGGACUAUUUAAUUGAACAAAGGAAGAAAUCUAUGUCUAAAUUAAGAUGCUUAGCUAUACCUGAAGUACAAACUCCAAUAGUGGAUCUUCCAGAGAUUAAAGUCCAGGAUAACGUUUCCAAGUCACUGCUCUUAAAGAACAAUCAAACAAAUGUGAAUACAAAAGUCAACAAACCAAAUAAUUCUAAACCCAUUAAUUUGAAUGAAUCAAAAUGGAAAGCUGAUCUAUUGCCCAAUAAUUUACCAAAAUAUUCGCCUGCAUUCAAACGUAAAUCGCUGCAAGUAUAUACACCUUCAUCCCUAUCAAAAGAAUCCACUCCAGAACCUAAUUACAAUGAAAGAUUAGAUCUAAUGAACAAAACAUCUUAUAAAUCACCUAAGUCUCUUAGGUCUACAAUGGAUACCAAUGGGGUAACAGGUCGAGUACCUACGACAUUAACGCCAAUUAAAACUCUGUCAGCAGAUAACGUAAUUUCAUCGAGAAAAGAACAUAAGGAUAUAUUGAAUUAUAUUCGAGACUAUAAGAAUUUGGAUAUAAAAAUUUGCACUGCUACUGACGUAGUAGAUAGUGAUAAUGAUUCUGCAAUGAGUUCCACGCAGUCUAGUUACCGAUCUUCGGCAUCAUCUCCUAUGCAUAAUAUAGAAAAUAUGGAAUCUGAUAGUUCACGACUAUCACCCAGAGUUUCAAAUUAUGCAACUUAUUCGAUUUUUAAGUCUGACAUUCCAAAUAAAGCUAUUAUUACGGAAAAGAACCCAGAAGAGUACAUGAAGCGAAAUGUUUGUCGCUCCGUAUCGUCUGAUACAAAUGUAUCACUCAGUUCGUCGGCAGGUUCGGCAGCUACGUCUGGAUCGCAAGCGAGUUGUAGUUCACUUGAAAGUUCUGUCGCUGACUCCGAUAAGAGAAAAGUUUCGAAAUCGUAUAAUAUCGAUACGAUCAACAGACGAAACAUUUUAGCAUCCGCAAAAUGCAGGAGCGGUAGAGAUGCUAAGCUUAAGUCACCUGUUGUUGAAUCUAAGUUCUCACACGAGACUUGCGACAGAUCCCCGAGUCCAGUGCACAAAACGUCUGAGCGCCUUUCUACACUCACGCCAUCGGUGAGUGUUAUGUCGAAUAAAGGUGAAAACAGACGACGCAACAAAAUCAUUGCCGAAACUGACUCAGAUAGUGACAGCGACGUUAAUGUGUGGCAGAGGAAGAAUGAUUUCAAAAAUACACGACUGAAACGAAACUCUAGCUCAGCUAAUAAAAAUAAACAAAGUGAUAUUAAUUUAGAAAGCCCGAAAGUUGAAGACGGUCCUAAGGUAAUAUCUGAAAAGAUCAUUAAAGAAAUUAAAAAAGCUGGACUGGAUAACUAUAACAGUGUCAAAGUAACGAGUGUGUCAGACAAAAAUGAGUUUGUUAUUAAAAAAACCGAAAGCAGCCUCUCUACUAAACAAGAAAAAAGUAGCAAACCUGAAAUUAUCGAACACCACAAAGCUGUAGACAGCAUUGAUGGUAAUUUCAACAACAUGAACAAUAAAGAUAAGUCUUUAGAAUUAAGUAAAAAAAGCGAUAUCGACACAUCGAGUGAGAAAGCUAACACUACUUCUACAGAGGAGCACAAGGUACCGACUGAAACAAUUCGACUGAGAAGAGGUGCUGGUACAGGCGUAGGAGUUAUUUUGGCCGGAGGAAUCGACUGUGAAGCGAAAGAGGUUACGGUUCAUAGAGUUUUAGCAGAUAGUGUGGCGGCCAAAGCAGGACUGAAGAGAGGAGCUAAAGUUAGAAGUAUAAACGGCUGCGCUAUGGCAGGGCUGACACAUGCACAAUCUGUCACUAUUCUUAAGGAGCAACGUUCAGAAGUAAUUAUCGAAAUAGAGAUCGAAAAUCGACAAAAUGCUAAUGGAGUUGGAUGCGGCUCUGACAAAGCGGAGUCGAAGGACCGAAAUGAGGUUGAAGAUAAAGAUGGAGGUGACAACAGUAAAGCUAACGGCUCAGUUGUGACGGUGCUGCUGGAGAAGGCUGGCGGUGGAGCCGGUCUCGGCUUCGGCUUAGAUGGUGGACGUGACUCCCCGCGUGGCGAUCGUCCUCUUACCGUUAAAAAACUUUUCGCAGGAGGAGCAGCAGCACAAAGCGGUCGUGUUCUAGUCGGUGCGGAACUUCUGUCAGCUGGAGGGCAGUCGAUGGAAGGAUUCACGCGCACACAAGCCUGGGCAGCUCUCAAGGCUCUGCCUGCUGGCCCGGUUACCCUUGUACUUAGGAACCCUAAAGGCAAUAUGGAUAAUUAAAUUCAUACAUUAUAAAAUAUAAUGCAGUAUAACCUACACAUAAACAGUGAUGCCAAAUUGGUUUAAAAGAUCUCCGUGAAUAAUAUUGAAUUUGGUGACGUGUUUAAGAGCCCGGUUAGCAUUCCAUUUUACAGAUUCAUUUAUCUGCGAGCUUUCGUCUAAGGAGAGAGUAAAACGGUGCUAACUGACACCAUUCAAUUUAGGAAAGUGCGAUGAAAGUGUAGGGUUUCGGGACUGGCAAUUCUUCUUCUUUUUUACAAUUUGCCUCAUUUAUUAGUCACUGUUUCUAUAAGAUUGUAAAUAGGUAAUUUAUGUUAUCUGUCUGUAACGGAUUUUCGUAAAGAUAGAUUUUGUAAGACUGUGUCUCAUUUUUGUUAAAAUCGUUUAUUUAUUAAUUUGGUUUAAAUUAACUAGUCUGGAAUUUAGAAAUGUUGAAAAAGCAUUAAAAUUUUAGGUCUUGUACUAAGUGCAUGAUAUAAAACGAGGAUCAAAAUUGAUGUCAUUAGUGCCAUUUUUAGCUUCAUGAAUCAUUAUGCGCACACGGUGAUGUACAUAAUUGACGUAAUCAUUACUAUUGUCUAAGCUUGUAAAGUAUUAUUCAAGCCGAGCUUUCAGUGUACGUAAACAUUAACAUAAGUACUUAACUGCAUUUCGAUGGAUAUCUAUGCUUACAGAUGAUUUAAGAGUAGAUACCUUCGAAUGUAUUACACGUAUCGGUAAUCUGGCUUCAAUACAUGGUGUCUAAUAUACAGCUAAUUACUGUUAUGUACUCUUACUAUAUACUAAUAUAUUCAUGCAAAUAUUCUGAACAAAGAGAAAGGUUUCAAGAGCUAUAUAUUCUUAUGCAAACGUUUACUUGCCAUGAUACUUAUUGCCAAUAGCGGUACCUAUCAUACCAUUGCUUAGUUUUAGUGCAUCGAACUAUUUACUUGUAAAUAUUUUGUUAUUUAUUAAUAACUGUUUGCUUAGCGGGUUAUGUUAAGUUGGUCGCCGCUUGUAACUGUAUUGUCCGUUAACAAUUUUAAUUAAGUUCUGGCAUUUUUGUAAUGUUAAGCCCAAACGUAAACAAGUGAAAUUAUUGUAAUGACGUAACUUAGGUACUUGAGCUUAGGUAUUAGGUCGUUUUCUUAUGUUCUACAUAUUUUUGUUUCGUGCUAUAUUGAAAGUUAUUUUUGAUUUAAUUUUUAGUAUAGGUUUCAGUUGGUCGUUUUGCUAACAAGAUAACUAGGUACAUGAAAGAAAUGUAUUAUUACUGUACUUAAUAAAUUAAGAACUGCAAUUUUUUUUGCUGCAAUUUGCUAAGACUAAGUAGCUUACAAGCGGUUUGACACAUAACAAUUCUCGUUAUUAACAUCUGAUUAUUUUAUACGUUUCGACGAAUAUACACAAUAUUCUUUGUUUACUUAUUAGGUGAUAUAUUAUGUUAUCUUAGUUACUAUUAAUCUUUAAUGUUACUAUAUUCUAUUAUAUUAUAAUCACCGUAAUAAA